AUGGAAGCAUUAUCGUGUAUUAUUCAUAAGGCUUUUGAUUCGAGGAAACUUAAGGGGAUAAACCUUCCUAAUGGGGGACCGGCGAUUUCGCACCUUUUCUAUGCCGAUGAUGCAUUGAUUGUGGGGGUUUGGGAGGAGGAGAACAUUAUAAUGGUGGCUAGAAUUUUGAGAGUGUUUUAUGCGUGUUCGGGCCUAAAGAUCAAUAUUCACAAAUCGAAUCUCUUUGGUGUAGGCGUUGAGGAGAACGACAUUGGUAGCAUGGCUUCGGUUGUGGGUUGUAAAAAAGGGGAUAUCCCCUUUAAGUACUUGGGAAUACCUUUGGGUGCAAACAUGAACAGAGUGAAUAAUUGGGAGCCGGUAGUUUCGAUUUUUAAAAAUCGUCUUGUUUCUUGGAAAGCUCAUACUCUUUCUAUUGGGGGUUGA